AUGGCACGUACAAAGCAAACUGCUCGUAAAUCAACUAGUGGUGGAAAGGCACCUAGAAAAUUGUUAGCAACAAAGGCUGCACGAAAGAUUUCGCGUUCUGUGGAGGGAGUGAAAAAGCCCCAUCGUUAUAGACCAGGAACUGUGGCCCUUCGUGAAAUUCGUAAAUACCAAAAAUCCACUGAGUUGUUGAUUCGGAAGGUGCCUUUCCAACGACUUGUUAAAGAAAUUUCACAAAACUACAGAACAGACCUUCGUUUCCAAUCCGCAGCAAUUGGAGCGAUGCAAGAAGCCGCCGAAGCCUAUCUUGUGGGUCUCUUCGAGGACACAAACCUCUGUGCCAUUCAUGCAAAGCGAAUAACAAUAAUGCCAAGAGACCUCCAACUUGCCAGACGUAUUCGUGGAGAACGUGCAUGA